AUGGCAUCAAAAGUCUAUGUUAGUAAAUAUAAGCAUACAUAUGGAACAGCAGCACAGGCAACAGAAACAAUUCACGGUUGUGUAGCUGGAAGUUGUUCACAGGAUUCCAAUGUUUUGCAAGCCAAUGCCAAUUUCUUGGCAUUUCCAUGUAAGGUCUCUGGAACGGUUGCAGUGGUCUCGCUUCAACAAAAGGGAACGAUCUCUGAGGACACUCCACUGAUUCAACACGAUGACCAAGUCAAUGAGAUUGCAUUCUCACCGUUCGGUGGACAAAACCAACUACUGACAGCCUGUCAAGAUACGGUUGCUCGUCUCUGGACCAUUCCAGAGGGUGGACUUGAAGCUUCCACCUCAACCCCGACUGCACAACUCGUAGGCAAUGCCAAACGUUUGAUUUCCUGUGGAUUCCACCCACUUGCUAGCGGUGUAUGUUACACAACAAGCGUAGAUGAGAUCCGUCUUUGGGACAUCGAGAAUCAAAUGUCAAUGUUGACAUUGCCAUCCGUCCACAAAGGAAUGGUCACCUCACAGACAUGGGAUUACACCGGAAGUUUAAUGGCAACCUCCUGUAAAGAUAAAAAUCUGCGUAUUUUCGAUGUUCGUGGAAACUCUGUUGUUUCUGAGGUUGCCGAUCAUCAAGGUACCAAAGGUGGACGUGCAGUUUGGGCUGGAAAACAAGAUCUAAUCUUUACCAUUGGAUUUAACAAAACAAUGGAUAGAGAAAUUGCAAUUUGGGAUAUUAAGAAUAUGAGUAAGAAAGUACAAUCGCUGACUUUGGAUAUUAAUCCAGCAUCACCAAUGCCAUUCUAUGAUGUCGAUACCAAUUUGGUAUUUUUGGGUGGCAAGGGUGACAGUGGUAUUAAGGUGUUCGAGGUGUUGGCAGCCAACGAGAAACCGUGUGUCAUGUUGAGCGAGAUGAAACACACACAACCAUCAUCCGGUAUGGCACUGUUGCCAAAGAGUGUUUGCGAUGUCAUGAAGUGUGAGAUUGCACGUGUCGUCAAGCUCUGUCCAAACGGUCAGGUCAUCCCAAUCCGUUUCGAAGUACAACGUCAAAACAAUCAAUUUUUCCACGACGAUCUCUUCCCCGACACCUGGGAUCAACAACCAACUGGAACCGCUUCCUCAUGGUUUGGAGGUGCUGAUCAACCAGCUGAUAGAGCUCCUGCAUUAUUUUUGCAAAAUGCACAUAAGCUAUGUGACCGUCAUUGUGCGCGUUUUGGCAGUAGAAAAUCUUGUUUUGCAGAACCAGGAUGUGUGUGGCUUAGUAUCAUAUUCCUUAAGUGGUACAGUUUAAUCAAUGACAGAAAUGCAAAAAAUCAACACACAAUUUUUAGUUUGUUGAAAGAAAAUUAA